AUGAUUAUUGCGGCCGUUGCCUUGCAAUUGGCAACAACCAAUGCUUUCCCAACACCUAUGGGUAGCAGUCCAAGCGACAACACCGACCUGAUCGCCCAACUCUUGACCACACCUACGCAGAUCAAGCGGUACCGCAAGUUGCUGACCGACUCGACGGGCAACAAGCUUCUUGACAACGACCGCCUAACCAACGCCACGAUUUGGGAUUUCUUGCAGAACAGCAACGCGGUCCCUGGUGGCCAAGGGGGCUCCACAAGCAGCGCGAACCUCGAGACGUUCCCCUUCCUGAUCAAUAGCGGCGUCACCAUGACCAUGGGAACGCUUGGUCCAUGCGGCAUCUUUCUCCCACACAUACACCCGCGCGCGAAUGAGUUCUUUGUCGUCAGCGAGGGCGAGGUCGACUUCGGCACACUGCUCGAGCUUGGACUAUUCGAGAACCUUACGCCGAACCCUGAGGUGGGGGGCAAAUUGGGGAAGAACAUGGGCACACUGUUUCCCAUGGGUAGCGUGCAUUACCAGUUGAAUAAUAGCCCGGGUUGCAAGCCUGCGACUAUCUAUACAGUGCUCACUAGUGAGGAUGCCGGAAGUACGCCUGUUCUGAUGGAUCCGGUACCAGGGAAUGCGACGGUUGGAAGGGUCAAGAGAGUUGAUGCUGGGAAUUUUGAGAGUGUGAGGGCUGUUACUCCUUCGCAUAUUGCGCGGAUUGUGGAUGAGUGUCUUGCCCGUUGUUACGAUUGA